AUGGACCGCGAUGAGGCUGAAGUCACAUAUAAAACCCUUACGGCGCUCAUGGCUCCGGAGCCAUGGACGUUUCCUUCAUGUAUUAUCAACUAUUGCGAAGGCGAAGUCAACGAAAACGACCAACUUGACGGCUUUGGUCGCGUAGAAACGUCUAUGGGAUUCACCUAUGAAGGCGAAUUUUGUAACGGCCGGAUGGAAGGUGCUGGGGUUAUAUCCUGGGCGGACGGCUACACAGUGAAGGGUAACUUUAAGCAUGGUGCAGCUAACGGGACGGGUCAACUUAUAUGGCCGAAUGGUGAUUAUUACGAGGGUGACCUUGUCAACUCUAUUCGUCAGGGGAUUGGCAAGCUCACCUCACACCGUGGUCAGGCGGUGUAUCAGGGUGGUUGGGCACACGGAAAGCGGAAUGGUCGUGGAUGGCAGCAAUUUCCGGAUGGCAACGUGUACGAUGGCGAGUGGCUGGAUGACCAGCGACAUGGACAUGGGGCGCUUAUCUACAGCAACGGCGAUUGCUACGAGGGGGAUUGGGUGAGAGAUGAGCGUCACGGAAGCGGCGAAAUGGCAUGGAGAAAAGGCAACACACAGUAUAUGGAGCUAUAUGAAGGCACAUGGGUGCAGGGACUCCCUUCUGGAGAGGGGCGCUCCACGACCAUUAUGUACGUAGAUACAACCGAUGUACCUAUAUAUAACCCCAUCACUGAAGAAAAGGAGUUUGUUACCCCGAGUAACUUCGUGAUCCCGCUCGAUUGUGGCACCAACGUCUACGAGGGUAGCUUUGUAGACGGCAUACGCGAGGGCAAAGGGACAUUUUACUAUGCUGAUGGCAGCCGAUUUGAGGGAUAUUGGCAUCAUGGAAAAAAGAAUGGUACCGGCAAGUUCAUCGGUGCCAUCAGCAAACCGUUUUACGCCACUUUUGUCGACGACAUCCCACAGAAUCUCCCAGCGCUGUCCGGCCCUGGAUGUGAGGAUGCUGUUUCCUCAAUCUACAUUGAAGACCUCUGUACUAUCGCGGAUGAAAGCGAGACGGAAGUGGUAGCCUCUGCAAAGACCAUACUACUUCGUUUUAACCCAUGGAUGAAGUCUCUGUUUCGUAAAUGCUAUUGCCUGCAAAACGACAUCGCUUUCAUUACCACACCAGAUAAGUGGUGCAAGCACCGUUUGCCGGGACUCGUCAGUAUGCCACAGCUGCUUAGAUUUCUCAAUGAUGUGCAUAUUUUAGGUGGCAUUGUAAUGCUGAGUACUGUAAUCCGCUGUGUAAUCAACACCAUUCAAGCUGAGAGAACGGAUAACUAUAGCAUUCAAAGCUCUGAAUCGAUCGCUAGUGAAGAAAAUAAGCGCAAAAGCAUAUUUAUUGAUGACGCAUACAGCCUAAGAGCAAAUCUCAACUAUAGACAAUUUACCGAAGUACUGAUGCGGUUGGCAAAUGUAGUUGUGGUUGGACCUUCGUUUGUCACUAUAGGCCAGAAGCUGAGCAACUUUAUUGAGGAAAGGCUUUCCGGAAAUGUUUCUGUGAGUCCUCUCUUCCCCCAGACAAGGGCCUAUGCGGCCGACCUGAAGCCGCACCUUGAUUCCUUGCGGCACAUCUUCCAUGCACUAGUUGAAUUGGAGCACACCGAACCGAUUCAUCGCUUCCUAUCUGUGCGCUUCUUAAUGCGUUACCUUAAUCCUUUGAUUGUGAAACAUGGACUAGAGUUGCGGAGUACGAUUUGUGAGUUGUUCCCACUGCGUACGCGCUAUUCUUGCGCCCCAGGGUUGCAGUCUUCAUUGCCAUCUGGAUUCAAUAUGCCACAAGGCGACCUUGGUUACGAGAUGUUCUCAAAAGCGAGUGGCGAUAUGUGUGCUCUUGAUGCUGAAGUUGCGUCUAACUUUGAGCUAACCCUAGAAGAUUUUGUUGAGGCUGUCGUAUUGAUCUCUCUUAAAUGUUCUGGAAACGACGAAGAAGGCACGGUUUCCAGCAUUGGUUCUGUGAUUGAAGAAGAAAUACUUCCUCUCGGAAUUUAUGAUAUGUAA